GUCAAGGGUUGUCAGUGUCAUAUGAUUGCUGGGGUGUGAGUGUGUGAAACUAUUAGUGGGUUUUAAAAUGUAUUUCAUACCACUUUCAUUUUUAUUAAUAGCCUCAGCUUACGGGUCCGGGGAAUUUUCUGUUCUUCAUCACGCCCCUAGUCUCGUCUUCAAGGGACAUGACGCCCUUAAAGACACCACUGUUAAGGAGGUGUACGCCGCCGCUCUCGGUUUCUCGACCCAUCAUUUUUCCAAUUGGAGAGGAAUGUACCUGACUAAUCCCUUCGAGGUAGCCAAAGCUAUCGUUACCGUUUAUGUAGAUGGUGUGUCAGAUAUAGGACAACAGAAGGGGCACAACUAUCCACUUAGCACUAACGAAGGUACGGCCAGGAUUUACAAAUCCCUCGAGAGACGAAUUACGGAGCACUUUCCAGAGACUCCCACGAAUUUGGUAAAAAUUCGUUUAUCUAACGGGUUGGAAGAUGUUAACAAAUAUCCAAUUUUCAAUAACCUCAUGUCAGGUGAUUCGAAGCAACUCGGCCACAAGUUCUUAAAAUUGGAUGUUGAAGAAGACAGACAAUUUUUGAAAGAUUGCACCAUUUUAAGAGAAAUCGCUUCAAGAGUUGCAGGAAGCAGUAUAAAAGUAGAUGCGGUUCCCGAUGUUUUUUGGUUCGAAGUGGGUUCAUUCCACCCUCUUGUCGAUUUCUACGGCGAAAAUUCCAGCCAAGUACUUGAAGCUAAGCAAAUACUCAACGAGGUGAUCCUCGAAGUUAAUUCCGCCUUUAACAAGCUCUACGACGGGUACGUCCUCGUUUCUGUUAUAACGAGCGAUGCCAGCCACACGAGAAAGGGGAGAAGUCUUCUACAAAGUAAAAGCGACAAUACCGACACAAAUGAUAAAACUAAAUACAACUUGGCAAGUUACUACAGCAAGGACUAUCCAGUUAUUUUUAACAUUAUUCUUUGGUUUGGGAUAAUGAUGUUGUUUUCUCUUAUUGCUAUUAGUUUAGCCAUUGGAAAUAUGGAUCCUGGUCGCGAUUCCAUCAUAUACCGUAUGACCAGCACGAGAAUGAAGAAAGACAAUUAAAUUUAGAAGAAAAAAAUCUCCAUUUUAAUUGAAUGGUAGAAAACCAAAUUGUUUUCUUGUCCCUUUUCACAUAUAGUAUAUAAAUUCGAUGUCGGAUUUGAUUACCUAAAUUUCAGACUUGUUUUGUAGAAUAUGAACUAGAUGUCGGUUGUAAAUAUUUACUAUUGUUAUUAUUUAUUAGUAUUAUGCGGCAUUUUUAAAAGGUAAUUUUGGGUUACCAAUAAAUCGUCGAAUUACCUAUUAAGAAAUUUAAGCAAAUAUAUAUCACUGUCAGUUUUAUUUUGUUGUUUGUAAGUAGACACAUUCCCUAAUAAAUAAAAUCGAUGUUAAA